CACACACACACUCACACACACAUAAAAACUGGUUUAGAACAGGAAGAUGGAGUAAGACGGAAAGAGUCAAAGAGAGACUCAACCUUAUGUGGUGACAUCGACGUACUCAUUGAGACGCUGCAUGUCCGAGCUGUGUCACUUUUUUGGGAAUAAGGAAGCUUUCUGCAGACCUGCUGGGGUAUUUCCACUUCAUUUUGCGAUUACUGGAAUAAAAGAAACUGAGUGGGGGAAAUGGAGGAGAGGGGUGAAGGAGAGAUGUGGAAGAAGAAGAGGGUUUUUCAUAUCUGCUUGCUCCUGCUGGCUGAGCUCCAAAUCACCGCACCCUCCUCAGCUCAAACCGCUUCGGCAUCGAACCCCACAGCUCUCGGUUACCGCACACGGCCAGCUGACGUCACGGGGGCCGUGGGGAAACCUGCAGUGUUUUACUGCGGAGUGCCCAAAGCUUCUCCAAACCUCACGUUCACCUUCUACGGGAGUGACGGCAACCACAGCCUCACAUGUCCCAUGGGCCACGUGGAAGAUGUCAACCAGGUUCUCUAUGGGAGAUGUCUUAUGAAGACGGAUGAGUCAUUGGCCGUGUGGACCCUGAAGGGAAUUUCUUUCUCCGACAAUGGCACACGAGUCGUAUGUCAGCAGUCAAAUAAUCCUGAUGCACCUGCUGCCGUCUUACAUGUUUAUGACAACAGUGCCAGCUUCGUCACUCUCAUUGGUUGUGUCCUUGGGGGCUUCUUUGGCCUCCUGUUGGUGUUUGGUUUAUUGUAUAUUGCGCUGAGGAGAUCGGAGACCCUCCAGAAGUGGUUCAAGGGAAAGGACACAGAAGAUUUUAUGACCACAAUAGUAACAAAGGAGUAAAAGGAGACAGAAAGCCGUUGCUUACUGUUGCUUUAUGCCAGCAGCUCGUAGUUCUACAAUUACCCAAAGUAAACUCAGGGAGGGGUUUUCAUGCUGUAUUCUGUCUUUUAAUAUCUUCAAAUGUUUUGAUGAUAACACUUCUGUAUUAUG